CGGCGGGACGGCUGUUUUCCCGCAGUCGGCGGCUGCCGCACUCCGAGCUCCUUGCGCGCCGGGCAGCGGAGGGCGAUGCCGUGUGGGCAGCAGGAGAGCGGCGCCGACGCCGCGCGGUACGUGGUCGGGGUGGACGUAGGCAGCACGGUGAUGAAGUGCCACGUCUAUGACCGGGCGGCAGCGGUCAGAGGCUCCAGCAGCCGGAAGGUGGAAUCACUUUAUCCUCGCCUGGGAUGGGUUGAAUUAGAUCCUGAAGUGCUAUGGAGCCAGUUUGUUGGUGUAAUAAAAGAGGCUGUACAAGCUGCGGGACUUCACAUGAGGCAAGUUGCUGGUCUUGGCAUCUCAACGCAGAGAGGAACUUUCAUUACAUGGCACAAGAGGACAGGGAAGCCUUUUCAUAAUUUCAUAAGUUGGCAAGAUGUAAGAAGUGCUGAACUUGUGAAUUCAUGGAAUAAGUCCCUUCUGCUGAAGGUAAUCCAUGUUAUUUUUACAGUGCUCCAUUUCUUGACUGGGAAUGAUCGGUAUUUAGCACCAAGUUUUCUUACUUUUUCAACACAACAAACUUCUAUGAAGUUGUCGUGGGUUUUUAAAAACAUAAGUGAGGCUGAAGAAGCUGCCAGAAAAAAUAACUGCUGCUUUGGAACAGUUGACACGUGGUUACUGUAUAGAUUAACUAAAGGUUCUGUGUAUGCUACAGAUUAUUCAAACGCCAGUGCUACAGGUGUUUUUGAACCCUUUACGAAAUGUUGGAACCCAACUUUGUGUAAUUUACUUUCCAUUCCCAUGUCUAUUUAUCCACCAGUGAAAGACACAAGCUUCAACUUUGGAUCAGCUGACUCUGAAAUAUUUGGGGUACCUAUCCCAAUAAUGGCAGUGGUAGCAGAUCAGCAGUCAGCUAUGUUUGGAGAAUGCUGCUUUCACCCAGGAGAUGUUAAACUGACAAUGGGAACAGGUGGCUUCUGGAAUGUGAAUACUGGAGAGCAUCUCUUUGCAUCACGAAGAGGUCUGUAUCCACUGAUUGGUUGGAAGAUUGGGGAAGAAGUUGUUUACUUAACAGAAGGCUGUAUUUCAGACGUUGGCACUGUCAUAAAAUGGGCUCAGGAUAUAAAUCUUUUCACCAAUGUAGAUGAAACAGCAAAAAUGGCACGAAGUAUUGUUGAUUCUGAAGGCGUUUGUUUUGUUCCAGGUUUUCAGGUUUCUGUGAAUGACCCAUAUAUAUGUGCCUCUUUCAUGGGGCUGAAACCUUCCACUACCAGAAGCCAUCUUGUACGAGCUAUACUGGAAUCUGUAGCUUUCAGAAACAAACAGCUUUAUGAUAUGAUUGUGAAGAAGAUACGUAUCCCUCUUCAAACAAUUCGAGCUGAUGGAGGUGUCAGCAAUAAUAGUUUUGUCAUGCAGAUGACUUCAGAUUUAAUUAAUAAGAAAAUAGAAAAACCUGUGAAUGCAGACAUGUCGAGUCUUGGUGCAGCUUUUCUAGCAGGCCUUGCUUCAGGAUUUUGGACUGGCAAAGAACAAUUAAAGAAGCUAAGGCAAAUAGAAGUAGUCUUUGAGCCCCAGAAGGACUCGAAGGAAUACAAACCUGCUAUGGAUACCUGGCUACAAGCAAUGAAAUGCUCCCUGCACUGGUAGAAACUGGCAUUUUAAUGACAGAGGAAUUGAAAUGGUUUAAUUCAUGUUUAUAACAUCUUGACAGUAACGGGACAGUAAAAACCUGUCCCAUUUGAAAUUUGUGAUGGUAUAGCUAUGAAGUUAUAUACUACUCCAUUUAUCCCCCCCGGCUGCUAGAUUACUUACCACACCAUAAUGAACCAUCCUAUCAUCUCUAUGACAGCUGUCGUCCAGCUGCAGCAUUUGUGUCCCUUCAGUGACCUCCUCUGGGUGGCCCAGCUGCUAGAAUCCUCUCCUGUACUAGAGAUGGGGAGUCUUUUUUCUAUGGUGGGUUUUCUACUGAGGAACUCGCAUCCCUUCCGAUUUUUAAAUCUUUGGUAUGUUAAUCAUCAAGGAAGGGUAAAAGGCAUAUAUACUCUUAUGUGCCUUAAUAGGCAUUUCUAAGAAACAUAAAAUGAAUUUUGGGGGUUGGGUUCUGAUGAACUUGAUGGGAUACAAAGAUAUUCUCUGAUUAGUAGCCUGUUACCACCUUUUGGUUGACUUCAUAAAGAAGCAUUUGACCCAGCUCUAUGGUGACAUUUUUGUGUACUUAAAUUUAAGAUGAAAUACAAAAGCAAAUAGGCUCUCAGUACUCCAUUAAAAAAAAAAAAACAGAAAAUCAGGAUUUUUGUAGCUGAUGGCUCCUAUAUGACUUGCAGAACUUUUUUUUUUUAAUUUGCUAAAGAUCAACAGCUAUACUAUCUGGCAUGGCUAAUAAAAAGACAUUAAAAAUAGUUACAGGUAUGCUAUCUAACUUGUAAAAAUCUGUAGUAUAUUCAUACUAUUAGCUAAAGGGGAGUAAAAGUCUAUUUUUGAAACUAUUAAUUUUACAUUUUUAAAACAAAUUAUAAGAAGUGUGUAGUUAAAUAUUUUUAUGUAUUUGUUUAUCACUAAUUGUAAAUUACUCUAAUUUUCUGAGGUGUCAGUGUAAAUAAAAAAUGUAAAAUU